UCUAACAAUUCAAAAGCUUCAUACCUCAUGCUGAUCUUCGUUGGUUUAAACCAGCUGACCGGUUUCCAAAACCAUGAAUCUAAACCAUCUUAACUAGUUUGGUGUCUGUUGCAGAAAACCACCUAAUUAGGUUUUAUAUUUCAGCAGGGAUUAUUCAAAGAGAAUUCCGAAUUCGUACAGAAUAGACUGUCCUUGAGUCAUUUUCUCUUCCUCAAACUAAUCUUAACUUCUUUAUUUUUUUUGAGCUAGAUGUGUCUCUAAUUUCUAUCCCUCGUUAAAGAAAUCUGUCUCUCACAAGUGUCUAUCUCAUCACGACCGACGUCUUUCUCACAGAAUAACAGUGGAUUGACUUUGUCCCCUCAGUCUUUCUUAGUGUUUUUGUUGAGAUAUUCUCUUGUCCUUCACUCAAGUGUUAAUUUUCCUGAGCUUAUCAAUCGGUUUUGUCUCUGAAUUACAUAAACUCACCUGCAUCAGCACAUGCUUCGGCCUUUUAUUCUCCGAUACCUGUAAAAAAAAAGAAAAAAAAAAGUCUUUACAGUUAUUAAAGUUACACAUAAAGUAGGAAUAUGCACCUCUGUAUGAUCCUUUUCUCUGUACCUUUAUAUAUCCGUGUAUCUUUCUCUUUAUCUUUAAUAUCCAGCUAAUCUAUACGCUAUUUUAUUCGCCUUUCAAAGGUGUACUCUUCUGGUGACCGUUAAUUCGGUUGGAAAGCAAUUUGGCGCGUUAAUUUAAACUGUGCGGUCACGUGCGCGUUUAUCAACGGCUCUAACCGCAGCUCAUCCAAUAAUACAUUUAAAACAAACAAAACGUAAACGGUUUCUUUUGAUUUGAACGGACCAUCUGUGCAAAUAAAGCAACGUUAUUAGUUUUUACCAGCCGCUCGUCACGUCACGAGGAGAAUAAUCCUGCUUGAGUUAUGUGCUUUAUUUUAGAAGUGUCUUUUUAGUUUAUUUUAUGGCGAUAAUAACUGUUAAUGUAAACGAAUAUAAAUCAGAUGGAUAAUGAGCGGGAGCGUCUGAGGGAGGAGGAGGCGCGCGCCUGUGAGGAACAGAGCGCGCGAAAAUGAGCGGAGAUCGGGUGCAUCAUCUGCAGCUUCAGUCACAUCUUUAUUCUACUUCUCCAUUAAUAUGAACGAAUUUUCUAACGUUUCGUGGUAGCGCUGUCGGGAUGCGCGAGAAGCUCCUGCUGAAUGACAGUGCCCAGAGGAGCUUCAUAAUGCCUCUUCUGAACGUGACUGAAGACAGCGUCUCCAUCGCUUCUCCCACCCCAGACUCGUCUCCGUCUCUGUCCUCGUUUCUCCCGCAGACGAACUGCUCGGUGUCUCCGUCUCCCUCGUCUCCUCCGUAUAACUUCUACGCCGUGUUGCUGGUGUUGCUGAUUUUUUGCGUGGUGUUUGGGAACGUGUUGGUGUGUGUGGCUGUGUCCCGAGAGAAAGCGCUGCAGACCACCACCAAUUACCUGAUCGUGUCCCUGGCCGUGUCCGACCUGCUCCUGGCCACGCUGGUGAUGCCCUGGGGCGUCUAUCUGGAGGUUGUGGGUGAAUGGAGGUUCAGUCGGAUCCACUGUGAUAUUCUGCUCACGCUGGACGUCAUGAUGUGCACCGCCAGCAUCCUCAACCUGUGUGCCAUCAGCAUCGACAGGUACACAGCUGUGGCCAUGCCGUUACUCUACAACACACGCUACAGCUCCAGAAGACGCGUGGCUCUGAUGAUCGCCGUCGUCUGGUUCCUGUCCUUCGCCAUCUCCUGCCCGCUGCUGUUCGGACUCAACAACACAGCCAGUCAGGAGGGGAGAGACUGCAGUUUUGCCGACCCUGCUUUCGUGGUUUACUCGUCUGUCGCUUCCUUUUACGUGCCCUUCAUCGUGACCCUGCUGGUGUAUGUGCAGAUCUGCGUGGUGCUGCGCAGACGAGGCAGACGCACCGCACCUUCACGCAGACACGGCCUCCAUCCAGAGCCCAGAGAUGCACAGAGAUCCCGCAAGAAUAAAUGCACUCAUCCUGAAGAUGUGAAGUUGUGCACUUUAAUAUUGAAGCCUCCUCCAGCUGCUCCACAACGAAAGAAAGUGACGCUGGUGAAGGAGGCCGUGGUUCAUCCUGUGGACGUGGAGCCCGUGUGUUUUCUGAGUCCGGACAGAGAUCAGCCUCUUCCUCCUCCUCCUCCUCCGCAGCAGCAGCAGUCGUCUGGACGAGCUAAAAUCUCCCUGUCGGUGUCGGUGGCUCCGUGUCCCGCUCCGCAGGAGAACACGCACGGACGCCAAGGAUGGAGGGACAGAAACGCAGACAGAGAGAAAGGAGCGGCAGCGAAGGAGAGAGCGAGAGGAAGACUGUCGCAGCAGAAGGAGAGGAAGGCCACGCAGAUGCUGGCCAUCGUUUUAGGCGUCUUCAUCAUCUGCUGGCUCCCUUUCUUCCUGACGCACGUUCUGAAGGCUCACUGCGGCAGCUGCUGCAUCUCUCCGUCGCUCUACAGCGCCGUCACGUGGCUGGGUUACCUCAACAGCGCCGUCAACCCCGUCAUCUACACCACCUUCAACAUCGAGUUCCGCAAGGCCUUCAUUAAAAUCCUGCACUGCUGACAGUCACUGAACAGGAGACACUUGUGACGUUUGUAAGAUAACGCCGAUCGAGAGACACGGUGAAAAGGCUUUGUUUGUGGAACCGUUGCGAGCGGCUGAUGUUUAGUCACUCUUUCUGCAGUACUGACACUAAAGAAGUAUCCAGAAAUGAGCUUGUCAUCAUUUGCUCCCCUCAUAUCCAAACCCCUUUAGUUCUUCUGUGGAACACAUGGGGACACGCCGGCAUCGUGAUGCUUUUAAUCGAACGCGAUCAUAAAUGUACGGACAUUCUGACUUUCUUUCUUGAAAUUCUGAGUUUACAAAUUGGAAUUCUGUUUAUUCGUUUCCAUCUCGCAAUUCUGAUUUAUAUCUCGCAAUUCUGCAUUUAUAUCAUGCAAUUCUGAUUUAU